CCGUCCGAUAGCGGUGUUUGUUUUUGUUCCUGUGGAAUGACUUGUUCAAAUUAAAUUCAUAAAAAUAAAUUGAAUAAGUGCUAUAAUUUAUAAUUUCUGGUAUGAAAUCAAUUAUCUAGUUAAAAAGCAACAAAUAGAGAGAGCGGUGAAGUGUAGUGGUUUAGGAUUUCCCUUUUAAAUACAUUGUAAUAAAUAAAUAAAUACAUUGAUAAGUUAUCAGUAUGAAUAUUAUAAAUAAUUAUCACAAAUAAAUUGGAUGCAAGGCAGAGAUGUGAUGGAAACAAUGUUAAAGAUAACAAGGAAUGAUUUGUUAUUGUGGAUUUUUAUUUUUAUUACACCAUUAUUGGCCGAAAGAAUAUGUAACACUACAGACGCGGUAACUCACGAUUGUUCAGAAUCAGAAUACUGUAAUGAGAACAAAAAAUGCACCUGCCUUCCAGGCUACACAAGAUUAAAUGACACUUUUUGCAUACAAAGAAAUAACUCUGCCCCAAAUUACUCAAGUCUAGUCUAUAACAAUGGUAAUGGGUCACUUGUAGCUGGUAUAGUGAUACCUUUGUGUUUAAUACUCAUUGUGAUAUCAGGGGUUUACAUUAGUCGAAGGUAUGAUGUUUUGGACUGGAUAAGACAGAAAAUCAAUCAAAGGAACAGCAACUAUGAUGAGUUCAUGAUUGGACAGGAUUUGGAUGAUGAUGAUCCACCGAUUCGCUAGAUAUACAGUUAAGUUAUCAGGAUUUGUAGCAAUUAAUUUUUCCUGAUUGAACACCCUGUAUAUGUUUUCAUAAUUUUCUGGUUUUACAGUAUUGAUAGUGUAUAAUAUUAAUAUUCAGGGUUUUAUGUAUUAAAUACUUUGAGUGGGUGGUUAAAUUUUUUUAAACAUACUUCUACUAUUUGUUUUUUUAAUAUGUAGGUAUUUUCAUAAAUCAGAAUUUCAAUUGGUUAAAAACUCCCCCAAAGACAUUUGCCUAUAAAUUUUACGUUGAAAUAACCCCGCACAGCAAGCCUGAGUUCAGAUUUUUCUCAGCUUACCUUACACCGUGAUUUCUCAUGCAUUUUGCUCAUUUGUUUAUCACCUAAGCUUAUGGUGUGAGAAAGAAAUCAUUUUGUGAGGAGUCCGAACUUAUUAGGGGGAAUUGACAGAGAUUGCCCACCAAAUAGCACAAACUACCUGUUCUUUUUUACCACUAGCGGCCCUAAUUUCCAUUUUGUACUGACGUCUGCUGUUUGGUACUGUUUCAGCACAAACCAAACCUUUGAAUAAAAAUCCCAGAAACCCAAAAACACCAGCGCCCUUUUAUUAUGGGAAAUUAGGUAUUUGUAUAUGUGAAGUUCAUACUCCUUGUGUAGGACUUCAUGAUGCUCACAUUUAAAAUUAAGGUCCAUGUGAAUAUAAUGUUAACAUUAAUUUUACCUGUGUGUACCUUCAGUUUUUUCUUUUAGAUCUCAAACAUCUCAUGAAUAGCUGUGCAGGUUUUUUAAAAAUUUGUAAUAAUGCAUUUAAAAAAAAUUAAGUUUUUUAUGUUUUUUUUUCUAUAAAGGGAAAUAUUAAGUUAUUUUUAAUAUUGACCAAAAAAAUUACCUGCAAUUUUUUAAAAUACCUAUAAUAUGUAUCAAUUUAACGAUGCUUGUUUAUUUAGGUUUUAUGCCGCGAGAGUGCGCAUAACUGGAAUUAAAAAUCUUUUAUAUUAAACAGAAAUUGCCUCUUAUGGCAUAAAAGUAUAGGUAUGUUAAGAAAAAUUAACUACUAUUAUGUAUGUGUAUAUUUUUUAGAAUUGAACUGCUUUGUAAAUUUUUAUUUCCCAGGAUUUUACAUGAAUACCAAAGGUACC